CCGAACCGGCGGCCCUCCCUCAACGACUUCUGCGGGAAAUUCGCCUCCGUCGCUUCCGUCCAUCUUCCUUUGCACUGCAGAAGAAGAGGUAAAGAGUAGAAAGAGUUAGCAGAGAAAGAAAGGCAGGGAAAUGGCGCCGUCGCUAUUGCAGUCGUUCCUCUCUCCUUCCCGCAAUUGGUUUGCUCGUCAGCACUGCAAAGCCAUCUCCAAUCGCCUCCGCAAAUACGGGCUCCGAUACGACGAUCUCUAUGACCCUAAGGAAGAUCUGGACAUCAAGGAAGCGCUCUCCCGCCUCCCUCGGGAGAUCGUCCUCGCGAGGAACCAGCGUCUCAAGCGCGCCAUGGAUCUCUCCAUGAAGCACGAAUACCUGCCCCUUGAUCUCCAGGCAAAGCAGACCCCAUUUCGUGGUUAUCUUCAAGAUAUGUUAGCUCUCGUAAAGAAGGAGAGGGCAGAACGUGAAGCACUGGGAGCAUUGCCUCUUUAUCAGCGCACCAUUCCCUGAUUGUAUCAUCAUGCUUCUUCAUCUGUGAUGUUUGUCAAGGAAUAAGGUUUUGGCAAGCCUCUCUGUUAAAUUUCUCUGGCAGACAAUCGACAUCUAGUCCUAGUCUGUCUGUUUUGAUAUUUUUUGGUUGAUCUGAUUUGUUAUCACUUUCUGCCCCAUUUCAAUAAUAUGCCCAACUGUGGUUGAAUUGGUUUGA